UUUUCGACACCAUUGACCUUGUUUCGCUAGCAAGUGCAUUGCUUCUCUCAGUUCACCUGGCAACAGAAAUUCCGCCGUACACCCGACUUCCUUGUGGACCACAAUGAGCAGGCUGCUGCGUCGUAAUUCCAGUCAGCUGCGGCUGCUCCUCUCCUCUGGCGGACAGGUGACGCGCCUGGCCUCUAGCGAAGGGGUACCACCGCCUGCCGGCCAACAGCAGCAGGAGAUCAGGAAGCCUAAGCGUCAACCGCCGCCCGUGGUGCCUGAUUCGGAGAUCAAGAAAUCCGUGUUUAUUUCGCAGUCAAGCGAUGUGUUUACCAAUCUGGCCCUCGAGGACUGGCUGUACAAGAACUUUGACUUCAGCCACCACCAUGUCCUGCUGCUGUGGGCCAACGAUCCGUGUGUGGUCAUUGGGCGCCACCAGAACCCGUUCACUGAGGCCAAUGUCUCGCGGCUAGUGGAGCGCGGCAUAACUUUGGCCCGGAGGAACAGUGGAGGCGGUGCGGUGUACCAUGAUCUCGGGAACCUAAACUGCACCUUCUUCUCGCCACGAGAGCGAUACGAUCGCAAGUACAACCUAAACAUCGUGACAAGGGCCUUGUUUCGCGAGUGGGCCAUCAAAGCGGAGAUCAACGAGCGCGACGACAUUGUUGUCUCGAAUAAAAAGAUUUCCGGAACAGCUGCUAAGCUGGGACACCCGAACUCGUACCACCACUGCACCAUUCUGGCCAGCGCCAACAAGCUGCAUUUGGGGGAAUCACUGGUGCGAGAGCCGGCCAAGUAUAUCAGCAAGGCCACGGCUUCAGUGCCGUCGCCCAUUCGCAACCUGGUGGAUGUCAAUCGCAACGUGAACGUGUCACAAUUGCGCUCCGCUGUAGGCUACGAAUAUCUGAGGACGGCAGCAACCACUUUGGAAGACGGCGGUAGAACACAGACGAUGAAGCAGCGUGGCUUCCAGCUGAUCAACCCAACGGAGAAGUGGUUCCCCGGCAUCGAGAAGCUGCGCUCCAACUACAGCUCUUGGGAUUGGGUAAUUGGCAAGACCCCGAAGUUCACCGUGCAAAAGGAUUUGGAUGUAAAGGGCGAUGACCAGGACAUGAAGCUGAAACUAAGCGUGGAAGUGGAGGCCGGAUUGAUGAAGGAGAUUGGCAUCCAGCUGCCGGAGAGCGAGCAGCUCGUUCCAGUGGUCACUCCGCUCCAGGGCAAGCCCUACAACGAGGAAAACCUUAAUGGCAUACUGGGCGCCCUGAAACUCGUCAAGGCGUCGAAUGUGAAGCAGGCGAUUAACGGCUCGGCCUGAUUGCUGUUGUGUUAGCUCAAAAAAAAAUUUAAAAAAAAAGAAAACUAAUAACCUCUAUGUAGUUUUACUAACCUUCUAACAUAGAUGUAUAUUUUCCAAGAAAUCAUAUUACUAACCUACUUUUUAAGCGUUUUACAAGCAAACUAUUUACUUUUGUUAAUCUGUUUUUUAUAAAAAGAUCUGCAAUUAAAUGUUUAAAGAGCGAAAUUUUAAACAAA